UCAGAAACACGUUUAAUAUACAGCCACUAAUAUUUUAAGCAUAAAAAUAUGUUUUAUAUGCAAUUACAAUCGUUAACAAGUCUCUGCAGCAAACUCGGGACAUAUUUUAUUACCGAACCAAACCAACAUAAAUACAGACUGAAAAUCAAACAAUCCUGGUGAAAUUAUAGUGAAAGCGGUGAAGAGUAUCGACGAUUGGUACGUCAUUUUAGAGAAGAGGCAAUCUUAAGGCGGCUCCACACAAUACAAGUUCCUCGAACAAGAAUAGCCACGAAAAUAAACGAGUGCGGCCGAUGAAAUGGUAAUGUUUGACGUGUCAAUCGGCUAUUCUCGUGGCUAUUUUCGUACAAGUCUCUCGUAUCGUAUGAUGUCGACUUUAUCGUCAUAAAGCAUUACAUGGAUUGGAGGAGGGUAUAACAAGCCAAGUUUCGCAUUACAUAAUUGUUUACAGCCUCAUUUUGCUUUAGUAAAUGCUGUCAUAAUAAUUGAAAUGUUAGGCGAGAUUCUUACUAUAACAGUCUUGUAAUGACGUGUAAACAUGUGAGAGGCUUAGUAAAAUUCUAAUAUUAGGCGAGAUUGUAUCUUUAACAGUCUUGUAAUGACGUGUAAACAUGUGAGUGGUAUAGUAAAAUUUUAAUGUUAGGCGAGAUUGUAGCUUUAACAGUCUUGUAAUGACGUGUAAACGUGUGAGAGGUAUAGCAGAAUUCUAAUGUUAGGCGAGAUUGUAGCUUUAACAGUCCUGUAAUGACGUGUAAACGUGUGAGAGGUAUAGUAGAAUUCUAAUAUUAGGCGAGAUUGUAGGUUUAACAGUCCUGUAAUGACGUGUAAACGUGUGAGAGGUAUAGUAGAAUUCUAAUAUUAGGCGAGUUUGUAGGUUUAACAGUCUUGUAAUGACGUGUAAACGUGUGAGAGGUAUAGUAGAAUUCUAAUGUUAGGCGAGAUUGUAGGUUUAACAGUCUUGUAAUGACGUGUAAACGUGUGAGAUAUAUAGUCAAAAUCUAUGUUAGGCGAGAUUGUAGCUUUAACAGUCUUGUAAUGACGUGAAACAUGUGAGAGGUAUAGUAAAAUUCUAAUGUUAGGCGAGGUUGUAGCUUUAACAGUCUUGUAAUGACGUGUAAACGUGUGAGAGGCAUAGUAAAAUUCUACUGUUAGGCGAGAUUGUAGCUUUAACAGUCUUGUAAUGACGCGUAAACGUGUGAGAGGUAUAGUAAAAUGCUAAUGUUAGGCGAGAUUGUAGCUUUAACAGUCUUGUAAUGACGUGAAACAUGUGAGAGGUAUAGUAAAAUUCUAAUGUUAGGCGAGAUUGUAGCUUUAACAGUCUUGUAAUGACGUGAAACAUGUGAGAGGUAUAGUAAAAUUCUAAUGUUAGGCGAGAUUGUAGCUUUAACAGUCUUGUAAUGACGUGUACACGUGUAAGAGGUGUAGUAAAAUUCUAAUUUUAGGCGAGAUUGUAGCUUUAACAGUCUUGCAAUGGUCUGUAAACGUGUGAGAGGCAGCCUGCGCUGAGUGUGCUGAUAACGUCAUAAUUAAAAGUGGCACCUCGUAGUCCGGAGUCAACAUGCUCAACGGUGUGAAAUCCUGUUCCGACCCGCGGAACAUCACCUAGAAAGAGACAGAGACAGAGAGCGACAGAGAGCAGGAUAUUUAUAUUAUUAUUUACUACACUCGACAUGUCACUUGCACUCAGUCUGUUGUUGGUAUUUGUGUUACUGGGUGUUACGUCUGAUGCUACAUGGUGGGGUGGAGGACGUUGCGGCCCUACAUGUGCAAUUGCCUGUCCGUGCGGACGUGUGAUGAACAAAAACGGGUGUCCGACCUGCACGUGCAAACCGUGUUCAGGAUCAUUGCUCUGGAAGAACAACUGGGAAUAUUUCAAAAUACUCGUCUUGGUAUGUCCGCCUCUGUGUAAAAUUGGUUGUCCAUGUGGAAAUGUCGUUGUAAACGGCUGUAAAAUCUGCAAGUGUAAACCGUGUAACAAGGGCUAAUUCAGAUUCGGACCACGUGACAAACAGAUGACGUCAAAAGAAUAACGGCUCAGAUAAAAAUUUAAAAAAACUA